AUGAUUCAAUCUAUGCAUACUGGAAAGUUUUUAAAAUUGCAAGGGCAAGAGGCUUGGGACGCUCUUGAAGAAUUGUCUGUUAAUUCACAACAAUGGAAUUACUCUGAGCCUAGGUCUAGAGCCAACCCUUCAUCGAAAAGAGAAGGAAAAUAUGAAAUAAAAGAAGAAAGUGAUUUAAGAACAUCAUUUGAUAAAUUAGCAAGAAAAGUAGAAGCCUUAGUAAUAAGUCAAUCUAUGAAUUCUCAUGUGCAACCUAAAAAAGAUGUGUGUUCUUUAUGUGCUAGUUCAUGUCAUAAUGCUCAAUCAUGUCCUUCUUUUGUUGAAACAUUUUCUGAAGAAGCUAAUGCUUUACAUUCAUAUGGAAAACCUUCUUCUGAUAGCCCAUUUUCCAACACAUACAAUCCAAAUUGGAGAAACCAUCCCAAUUUUUCCUGGAGACAAAACCAACCACAAAAAGGCAACCAAUAUAGUGACAUCUUAGAAGUUUUCAAACAAGUAAGCAUAAACAUUCCUUUCUUAGAUGCCAUUAAACAAAUUCCUGCCUAUUCUAAAUUCUUAAAAGACCUUUGCACUGUUAAAAGAAACACAAAUGUUCCAAAAAAGGCGUUUUUAACUGAACAAGUUAGCUCCAUAAUUCAAUAUAAAAGCCUUGUCAAGUAUAAAGAUCCCGGUUGUCCAACAAUUUCAUGCAUCAUUGGCGAUCAUUUCAUUAACAAAGCUUUACUUGAUUUAGGAGCUAGUGUGAAUUUACUGCCUUAUUCUGUGUAUAAGCAACUUGGUCUAGGAGAAUUACCUUCUCAUUGGUCUAAGCAUGACAAAUCUAAAUUUUAUUCUGAAGUGAAACAUUUCAUGUGGGAUGACCCUUAUUUGUUUAAAUAUUGCCCUGAUCAAAUAAUAAGGAGAUGCAUUCCAAACUGUGAAUCUUGUGAACGUUGUCAAAUGUUAGGAAGUGUAACUAGAAGAAACAUGAUGCCUUUGAAUCCUAUCCUUAUUGUUGAAAUAUUUGAUGUUUGGGGCAUUGAUUUUAUGGGUCCAUUUCCUAACUCUUUUGGUAACUUGUACAUUCUUGUUGGUGUUGAUUAUGUGUCUAAAUGGGUUGAAGCUGUUGCAUGCCACACAAAUGACUAUAAAGUUGUGCUUAAGUUUUUAAAAGAAAAUAUUUUCUCCCAUUUUGGCUCACCACGUGCUAUUAUUAGUGAUAACGGUACACACUUUUGUAAUAGAUCUUUUGAGCAUUUAAUGAAACAAUACGGUAUUACACAUAAAGUCACUACACCUUAUCACCCACAAACUAGUGGCCAAGUUGAAAUAUCAAAUAGGGAAAUUAAGCACAUCUUAGAGAAAACUGUCAAUCCAACUAGGAAAGAUUGGUCAUUAAGACUCAUUGAUGCAUUAUGGGCAUAUCGAACUGCAUACAAAACACCCAUUGGAAUGUCACCCUAUAGACUUGUGUAUGGAAAGGCAUGUCACUUACCCGUUGAGCUAGAACAUAGAGCCUAUUGGGCAAUUAAGCAAUUAAAUUUUUCCUUAGACAAAGCGGGUGAGAGAAGAAAGCUUCAAUUAAAUGAGUUAGAAGAGCUUAGGCAUGAUGCAUAUGACUAUUCCAAAAAAUAUAAGGAUCGAAUGAAGAUUUACCAUGACAAAAACAUUUUGCGAAAAGAUUUCUCUCCCGGUCAAAAAGUCAUUUUAUACAAUUCUCGUUUGCAUCUCUUCCCGGGGAAGUUACGCUCUAGGUGGGUAGGUCCAUACAUUGUUCGCACUGUUUUUCCACAUGGAGCCAUUGAAAUUGAAAAUCCUAAUAAUGGUAAUGUAUUCAAAGUGAAUGGACAAAAAUUGAAACCAUUUUUAGAAUUGAAAACUGCUAAAGUGGAUGAAAUCCUUCUUGAGGAUCCUAUUUACCAUGGUAGUGCUUCUAUUUCUACGAGUCUUGGCAUGGCCAAGAGAGGUUCAACUUCUUUGAAGAAGAGCCAAUUCCUUGAUAAUCUUUUUGAUAGUGAGGAGGAGUCUCCAAAUGGGACUAAAGCAGUUAACUAUUCUGGAGGUGAAGGCCUAGAAGUUAGUUCUAUUGCUGGAGAUUCUUCCACUCUGUCUCCCUCAUUGCUUCCCAUCUCUUCAGGUUUUGACUCCCUCAUUUGUCUUCUUCUUUGUUAA